GCGCGCGCCAGGCGGCCUGACGGAAGCGGGUCAGAUCUGCGCGGCGAGGCCGCUGGUCCCGGCAGGGUUUCCCGGCGCUCCGGGGCUGAGGGGCUUCAGCCCAGCGGCGCCGGCGCCGGCGCUUGCCUGACCCGGGGGACCCAGGACUAGGCCGUGGGGCCGCGCCCUGAGUAGCAGAAGAGAAUGAAAGAAGUAGACAAUCUUGACAGUAUAAAAGAAGAAUGGGUUUGUGAAACAGGAUCUCCUGACAGUCAACCCCUCAAUGAUAAUCAACAAAAGGACUGUGAAUAUUUUGUUGACAGCCUUUUUGAGGAAGCAGGGAAGGCUGGUGCCAAAUGCUUGUCCCCCACUGAACAGAAGAAACAGGUAGAUGUAAAUAUAAAAUUGUGGAAAAACGGAUUCACUGUCAAUGAUGAUUUUAGAAGUUACUCUGAUGGUGCAAGUCAGCAGUUUCUGAACUCCAUCAAAAAGGGGGAAUUACCUUCAGAAUUACGGGGAAUUUUUGAUAAAGAGGAGGUGGAUGUUAAAGUUGAAGAUAAGAAAAAUGAAGUAUGUAUGUCUACAAAGCCUGUGUUCCAGCCCUUCUCAGGACAGGGCCACAGACUAGGAAGUGCUACACCAAGAAUCGUUUCUAAAGCAAAGAGUGUUGAAGUUGACAAUAAAAGUACUUUGUCUGCUGUUUCACUGAACAACUUGGAGCCCAUUACCAGGAUCCAGAUCUGGUUAGCCAAUGGGGAAAGAACUAUCCAAAGAUUUAAUGUUUCUCAUAGGGUGAGCCACAUCAAAGACUUCAUUGAAAAAUACCAAGGAUCUCAGAGAAGCCCUCCCUUUGCCCUGGCAACAGCUCUGCCCUUCCUCAGGUUUCUGGAUGAAACGCUCACAUUGGAAGAAGCAGAUUUGAAGAAUGCUGUAAUCAUUCAGAGACUCAAAAAAACUGCCGAGCCUUUUAGAAAACUUUGAUAGUUUUUAUUUUUGAGAGACUGAGAAAAAUGAUGGUUGCAAGUAGACAUGCAAAGUGGGAGACAGAAGUCAGUAUGACUAAACUUGCAGUUUGAGGGCUUCUUAAUCCCUUAUGGGGGGGUUCAGUCAUCACAAGCUAGGGGAGUGACGUGGCUCUAAGCCAGGGUCAGUGCACUUUUCUCAACAGGCUAUUCAGAAAAAAAUACCUAUUUUUCAAAUAUUAGCCAAUAUGACAUAUUAAAUAGCUGUGUCAUUAAUCUUAAUGUGGUCUAAAUUAGCAGAGUAUUCAAUUAGCUAAAUCAGCAUCCGCAUUCAUAUAUUAUUUCCAAACAGCAGAUAUUUAUAUAAAUGUUAGCUAUCUCAGUUUUUAAAUAGCAAUACAUUAAAAUAUUAUCCAUGCCAUAUUAAAAAGCAUCAAUGUAAUUAUUAUAUUGCCAGUGCUUCAUCCUCAGAGCUUCUCAGUUUCUACUCUGUGAUGGCAAAAGAUACUCAAAUACUCAUUUGGCAACUGUAUCCAAGAUGUAGACCCUUCUAGGAAUAAAAUUGUGUAACUUAGUAUAAUAUCAAUAUUAAUCUAUAUACACAGUUUUCUAUACCUCUACAUGUAAUUUUAUGGACUGGGAAUGUAGUUCAGUGGUAGAGAGUAUUUGCCAUACAUACAUGAGAUUAGUUUAAAUCCAUCCCAGCACUACAAAAAAAAUCCUUUCAAUUCGUAAUGUAAGAUCACACACAAAACUGGGCGUGGUGGUGCAUACCUUUAAUCCCAGCACUUGGGAGGCAGAGGCAGGUGGAUCUCCAAAUUCAAGGACAGCCUGUCCUAUAGAGCUAAUUAAUUUCCAGGGUUACACAGAGAAACCCUGUCUAGAAAAGAAAACUCUAGAGAAGUUUUCAAAUCUUUACUCAUUUAAAAAUAACUUUGAAACUGCCCACAAGUACAUGCCUAGCUCACACCAAGCUGACAGGAUAAGAGCCCAGGAGUUGGGUCAGCAUAAGAGACAUAGCAAAACCCUGUCUCUUGAUAGUAACAGCUUUCCCACCCGGAGAGAUAGAUGGCUCAGCCAUUAAGAACACUGGCUGCCCUGGCUGUAGAUCCAGGUUCAGUUUCCAGUACACACAUGGCAGUGCACAGCCAUCUGAAACUACUGCUUCAAGAUAUCCAACUCCCUCUUCUGGCCUCUGUGGGCACUGCAUUCAAGUUAUACGUAGACAUACAUGCAGACAAAACAUCAUACAUAUUAAAUUUUAAAAAAUUAAUCUAAUUUUUUUCAGUGAAUGGAAAGAUUUAUUGAGAAAGGUGGCAUUGUAUUCCUUUCCUCCAAAAAUGUAAUGUCUAACUUAAUGAGGAUAAAGAUUCUCACCUGUUUCAUAUUCACUGUGAUGCAGUAUCACAUAGUUUAUACUCUCUAGAAGACAAUGUUCCAUUUGUAGGAAUGAAAAAGAAACAUUUAACUAUAUGAUUAGGAAAGACAGUUUGACAAAGGGUCAUUUGGGAAUCCUGGCCAAACAUGGGAAUUCACACUGAUCAUAAGCACUUGAGAGGCUGAGGCAGGAGGAUUACUAGGAAGGUCAAGGCCAGCUUGGGCUACAGAAUGAGAGUCUGUUAAAACAACAAAGUCUAUUCCUGCCCCUGUCACAAGCAUUGUGCUUCACUGUCUGAGAUGGGUGACAGCUGCACUUGGAACUUGAGUGUCUUGUAGGUAUUUGGUGUAAACGCAGGCAUCCUACACUAGCCCGAGUCCACCCUGUAUGCCUCACCAUGGACAGCGAAUGGCUCCACCCAAGUAGUUUCCACAGUUGAGCUUUAUCCUCUUGCCAAGUUUCCUCAGGCUGUGCCUUGCCGCCCAUCCACAGAUGAGGCAGGGCUGGAAAGUGUGAAUGAGGUUUUAAGUAAGACUCAGGAAUAACAAGAGGGAGCCUGUGCGUGUCGAGAUGUCCUUUCUUUCGGCCCGUCCCUCUGCAGUCCUGUUUUAAAGAUGCUUUCUUCCCUAGCUCCCAGGCUUCCAUGCCAGACUUGUGUAUUUUGGGUGGGCAGUGUGGAAUAGAGAGUGAAGGAGAGCAUCUUUAUUUUGCCCUUUACCUAGGAAAGCAGCAGGUAUAUAAUAGGAAGAUUAAAUAUUGUAUUGUAUUACACAACACUAUCAGACCCCUUUUUAGCAAUAUAAACAAUUCAUUAACAAAAAGGGGAUAGUAAAAUCAAUGGUUUAUUUUUCAGAUAUAGGCAAAAACUUAUGAUUGUUAAUAUGUUCAGGAAUCUCUAAGGAAAUGUUUCAUAUAGGCCUAUCCUGAACCCUUUUUAUUUACAUAGUUAUAAUUGUAGAGUACAUGCCAGGGGAAUGUUCCACCAGGAAGAACAAUCAUCAGCAAUAAGUUGCAUUUUUUAAAACUGUGAAAAUGUUAAUGUAAAUAAUGUUUGCAGCCAGGCGUAGCUUAGUACAAUAUCAAUAUUAAUCUAUAUACACAGUUUUCUAUACCUUCUACAUGUAAUUUUAUGGACUGGGAAUGUAGUUCAGUGGUAGAGAGUAUUUGCCUCACUCGGGAGGCAGAGGCAGGUGGAUUUCUGAGUUU